AACAUCUUCUUUCACCCACUGUCGAAAGUCCCUGGACCUCGCGCAUGGUCAGCAUCACGCCUUCCUUACGCCCACGCACUCUUUCGGGGAGCCAUGAUCCCUGACCUUCAGAAGCUGCGUCGAAGAUAUGGCCCUAUCCUACGAACCGCACCAGAUGAAGUCACCUUCGCCCAUCCAAAAGCCUGGGCGGACAUCUUUCAACCCCGUCCCCGCCAACAGCAAUAUCUAAAAGAUUCUCUUUGGUGGGGCGCCCUUCGAACCCAAGAGCCUAUCGUGCUUCAAUAUGUCAGCCUGUCGAUUGAGCGACUGCGCGAACCAACGCCUGCCGACAGCCCUGAGGGCACUGUGAUAAACAUAUUCCCGUGGCUUAACUAUACCAAAUUCGAUAUCUUCGGAGAUUUAGCAUUCGGCGAGUCAUUCGGCUGUCUUCAAGACUCAAAAUAUCACCCCUGGAUUGCCUUGAUCUUCAACAGCAUCAAAGCUAUCGCGUUCCUGUCUGCUGUCAAAUUCUUUCCGCUCCCACUCAUUCCCCGCGUGCUUGCGCAUGCAUUCUCGGAUAAAGCGCUCAGAGAGCGGGAGCAGCAUCAGGGAUUGGCGGUUGAGAAGGUGGAUCGGAGACUUGCUGUGGAGCAUGAUGGCGGCAAGAAGGAGAUGUCUAGGGAGGAGAACUAUUCGAAUCUAAAUCUCAUCAUUUUGGCUGGCUCGGAGACGUCGGCAGCAGCUAUUUCAGGCUGUACAUACCAUCUCGCCGUGAAUGCUGACAUUCGUAGACAAGUUGAGGGAAUGAUCCGGGCGGAGAAGGAUAUCACGUUCGAAUCCACGUCGAAUAUGGAAUUCCUUGAUGUUGUCAUUCAUGAGAGUAUGCGAAAGUAUCCUUCGCAGCCUAUUUUCACGCCCAGAGUUGCUCCCACAGGGGUCGCAGCUGACAGUGCUAAUGGAGACGACGGUGGGAAUAUACCAACCGGUCGCCUACAACUCAAAGCGAAAUUUUCUAGACCCGAUUCUUUUGAUCCCUCUCGAUGGCUCGGAAAUCCAGGAUGCGGAAACGGUCGAAGAGCAGUAUUCAAGCCAUUUUCUGUCGGUCAUCGGAAUUGCAUUGGAAAGCAUUAG